UUUGCAUUCAGCUGUUCCAUUCUGUAACUCGUGUUUAUUUUUUGUUGUGAAUUCUAAGAAAAUGUAUCGUGUGAUCAACUUUUUAAAAGUUAUAAAAAAUAAUUGGAAAAAAUCAAUUGUAGGGACAGCAGCAUUAUCUUAUGGCGUUUCCUAUAGCAAAGAUUACUACAACAUCCAACAAAUUAUGAGAGAAUAUUGUCUAGAAGCAGUUACAUAUGGAGAUCAGUCUCUACUGGCAAAUCACAAACCUCAACAUGUAACAGUAAUUCUUAAUCCAGUGGCCAAAAAAAGAAAGGCUAAGAAGUUAUUUGAAAAGUAUUGUGAGCCAAUUUUACAUCUUGCUGGUUAUGCCGUAACGAUUAUACAAACUCAAUCAGAAAAUCAAGCAAGAAAUCUAAUAGGAAAUUUGAAUAAUCAAACUGAUAUUAUAAUCGUAGCUGGAGGAGAUGGUACAUUAUCAGAUGUUGUUACUGGAAUGAUGCGCAAAUACAAACACAAUAGUUCAGCUAUUAAAGAAUUGCCUAUUGGAAUAUUACCUUUGGGUAAGACCAAUAAAGUUGCAGAUUCAUUAUUUCAUGGAUAUCCAAAUUUGGUUGAAGUACGAAAGCUUACUGAUGCUACAAUUGCUAUUCUUAGAGGAAAAACAAAGUUUGUUGAUGUCCUUGAAGUUGAAUUGUUGGAGAAAGAUGCAGAGCAUCUAGCUGAACCAAUUUAUGCUGUUGGCUCAGUUGAAUGGGGUGCAUGGAAUGAUGCUCAUUGCAGAUCAGACAAAUAUUGGUAUUUGGGUAUAUUGAGAACAUAUGUUACAUACAUAUUCAGUGGUUUCAAAAGUGAUAUUAAUUGGGAUUGCAAUGGUGUACUGCGUUACUUUGAUCCAUGUAGUGGAUGCUCUAAUUGCCACCAUAAACAAGACCCUACAUUAAAUAAACGGUGGUGGCAUUCAUUUGUGCCAAAAAUUAAACAGUCUCCUAAUGGAGAUAAUAAUGCAGAUCAUAGUAAAAUAAUUAAUAAGAACUGUAGUAUAGUUCAUGAAAUACCUAUUUCUACUACUGAACUACAUAUAAAAACUGAGAAUGUUAAAGUGGACAAAAAAAAUAUGAUACCAUCACUGAAAGUAGAAUUGGGACCUCCAAAUAUUAGCUACAUGGAAUUUGUUACUGAGGGUUGGCGAAGAUUAAACGGCCAAAAAACAUUAGUUAAUAAAACAUUAGAGGCCAGAGAAAUAGAAAUACAUCCUUCACAAUUGCAUAAUUUUAAGGAUAAAGAACGCUCAUUUUAUAUAGACAAUGAAGAAUUUGAAUUGAAACCAGUUAAAUUGAAACUAAUACCGAAAACUUUAAAAAUAUUCUACCCUAAAGAUGUGAAUACAAGUUGAUGAACGUAUAAAUAUGUUCUUAUGUAUAUAACAAAAUUUAUCCUAGUUAUAUUAUUACCUCUUCAAAAUAUAGACACAUCAUUUUUAACAAAAAUAUAAAACUUUAUUUUAAAAACUUAUAGUAUUUGAUACAAAGUUAUAAUUCUGUAAAUAACUCAUAAGUUUAUUCAUUACUAUCAUAUAUACUAAUGCAUGAUAACUGUAAAUAUUGUAAUAUAUAUACUUAAGGUCUAUCAUUUUUUUGAGUAAAAA